UGGACUCUACAUUCCCUCUGAAAACCCUGAGACCGGUUCACAUCCUCUCCUCCGGUCCUGGUCUGAAGACUCUCCUGUCUGUGUGUCUGUCUCUUGGAUUGUGUGUUUUGGGUCUGAACCAGUGCACCAUUGAACCAGUGAACCAUUGAAGCAUUGCACCAGUGCACCAUCAUGGAGCUGUCGGAUAUCUCUUUCCCCAUCCCUGCUGCAGAUGAUUUCUAUGACGACCCCUGCUUCAACACCAGCGACAUGCACUUCUUCGAGGACCUGGACCCGCGGCUGGUCCACGUGGGCCUCCUGAAGCCGGACUCCUCCUCCUCUUCACCCUCGCCCUCCUCCCCUUCCUCAUCCUCCUCUUCCUCGUCCCACCUCCUCCAUCACCACCACCAUGCCGAGGCGGAGGACGACGAGCACGUCCGCGCCCCCAGUGGACACCACCAGGCGGGCCGCUGUCUGCUCUGGGCCUGCAAAGCCUGCAAGAGGAAGACCACCAACGCGGACCGGAGGAAGGCGGCCACGAUGCGGGAGCGAAGGCGGCUCAGUAAGGUCAACGACGCAUUCGAGACUCUGAAGAGAUGCACGUCGGCCAACCCCAACCAGAGGCUGCCCAAAGUGGAGAUCCUGCGCAACGCCAUCAGCUACAUCGAGUCUCUGCAGGCGCUGCUGCGAGGAGGCGGCGGACAGGACGAUGGCUUCUACCCGGUGAUGGAGCACUACAGCGGGGACUCGGACGCAUCCAGCCCGCGGUCCAACUGCUCCGACGGCAUGACGGAUUUCAAUGGCCCUACCUGUCAGUCAAACAGAAGAAGGAGUUAUGACAGCUCUUACUUCUCCGAGACUCCAAACGGCGGUCUGAAGAGUAACCGGAGCUCAGUGGUCUCCAGUCUGGACUGUCUGUCCAGCAUCGUGGAGCGGAUCUCCACCGACAACAGCAGCCUGCUGCCGGCCGCCGACGGCCCCGGACCCUCGCCACCGGCCCCCGCUGGCGAGGCAGCUGCACCCGGGCCCGUCCAGAUCCCCUCCCCGACCGCCAGCCAGGACCCCAACCUGAUCUAUCAAGUCCUAUAGACCUUCACACCCGGGACUUUACCAUCCUGUCACACCGUCCAGUCAUACAACAAACACACACAGUGGAAAUAUAUUUUUCACUAACUUUAAUUUAAUUUAAAAGAUGAACUGAGUCUUCACAACCUGUUUGCAUCAAGUUUUAUAAUUUAGAAACGUAUCCGUUCACACCUGUUUUUAUUUUCUUAAGCUGAGAUGUAUGGAAGCUCAUUACUGCCAGGAAAACAAAAAUAACUGAGUGUGAAAAAUCAUUUGAUACAAGUUCGUCAAAUUAAAAAAAAUUCUUAAGGCCCACUUACUAAUCUUACACAGUCUUCAUCAGUGUUCAUCAGAGUUUGAUAUUUUAUAUCAGAUUUUAUAGUUUUUAUAGUUACUGAGCAAACUCCACGAGCUGAUGAAGAUCGUGAUAUAUGGUCAAAAGAUCUGGAAAUGGGCCUCGAGUUAACAACAACAAAAAGGUUAUUUCUAAAUAUUAAUUCAGUCUUAAUUCAACAGCUGUUAGAUAAGGAAUACAAAUUAACUGUGUGUCAGUGAUAAAUAAUAAUUGUUAUAAAUAAUAAUUAUAAGAUAAAGUCAGAAUUUUUACUCCUUAUAAAAUGUUUUACAAUAUAAUUUGUUGAUCUGGUAAAAGGUAAAACGUGGGAAUAUAAAGAAUAAUAAUGAAAGUUAGAAAGUGGCCAUGUUGAUUUUUAUCAUUCCAAAGUUUCCAUACAUUAGAUUUAUUUUCCUGGCAGGAAUGAUCUUCCAUAAUUCCGCAUAUUUGACCUCCAUAUUCUCUUUCCUGCUGAUAAAAUAAGUACAUUUUACAUUUAGACAAAACCACUUGAAUGCUGGGAAAUGUAGUUUGUUUAAACAGGUUUACUGAUGAAUACAAAUCAGUUCAGUUCUUGCUGUAUUUUUAUUUUAUUUUAAGUUAUGAGUUAAAUAUUUUAAAGGCUCAGUUUGAGCCAUUCAGAUGGAUUUUUCUUCCUUUCUGUGUAAAAGUCUAUUUGAUGAAGGACGGAGGCCAAAAAACAAAAAAAACAUACAUUCCUCCACUUUUGUCCAUCUGAACUCGUAAAAAGCCCCAGCUGUUCAUUUCCCUCAGGAAAGAAAAAAACCCAA